AUGAUGAAGACAAGAUAUGUACUUUUAACUACGUUUCUUACCACAGCAGUGCUUGCAAGCAUAAUUUUAACUCUAUAUUAUGUUUUAACUGGAAAGGGAGAGCGUAUAAGUGUUGCAUGGUUUCUAUCCGACUCAAGCCCUCAUAUGUGGGGUUGUAUUGGAAUUGGUCUAGCCGUGGCUCUGUCUGUUGUUGGAGCGGCAUUGGGAAUUCACACUACAGGAGUGAGCAUCGUUGGUGGUGGCGUGAAAGCACCAAGAAUUAAAACCAAGAAUUUAAUCUCCGUCAUUUUCUGUGAGGCUGUUGCUAUUUAUGGUCUCAUCACAGCCAUAGUUUUGUCUGGUCUUCUGGAAGAUUUUCCCUGGAAACAGGUACAAGACAACCCAUCUUUGAAGAGCAUAAAUUGGUUUUCAGGCUACCUGUUGUUUGGAGCUGGUGUGUCUGUUGGUUUGGUUAAUCUUUUCUGUGGUAUUACUGUUGGUAUUGUUGGCUCGGGUGCUGCUUUGGCAGAUGCAGCAAAUCCUGCCUUGUUUGUUAAAAUUUUAAUUGUAGAAAUCUUUGGUAGUGCUAUUGGGCUGUUUGGUCUUAUUGUCGGUAUUUACAUGACAUCUAAAUCUAAAAUGGGUGCAACUGAGUAA